AUGAAAAAAUUGAAAUAAUAGAUUAUUGAAGCUAAGGAAUCCAUUUUCAAUAAUACUAAUAAUAAAGAUGAAAAAUUAGUUACUCCCAUUCCAAAAAAAAGAAAAGUAUAGAAACAAAGAAGAGAAUAGAUAGUUGUUGAUAACUAGUUAAUCAAACUACCCAAUUAUUUCUCAUAAACUUAAAGUGAAAUUUUAUUUUAUAUUUUAGAUUCUUAAUUAGCUAAAGAAGAAUCAAUUUUGUUACCAGGUAGUUAAUAAUCCUCUUAUCAUUCAUAAUAAUAAAUUAUGUAAAUAGAGGAAGAAGGAAUAGCACCUGAAUAAAUUUUUGUCCCAGAUUACAGAGAUUUACUUAAAAAUUAAACUCUUAUGUAAUAACUACAUCAAAAUGAAGAAAAUAUGUUUAAAACUGAGGUAAAAUAAGUAAAUAUGGAGAAUGGUGUAGUUUAUAAUUUAUAUUUGUAAAUGUUAGAAUAAUUACAAAUCAGUAUAGAUGCUGAAAGUGUAUGUAAUGAAGAAUGUGAAACUAAAUAAAAUACUAGAAAAAAAAUAAAAGUCUAAAUGGAUUAAGGAAUAAAAAAACAAAAGAUUCAAAAUUAUAAAAGUCAAUUCUAUGAAUUAGACGAUGAAGAAUCUCAUUUAUUAUAAAAAUUAGAAUCAUAUCUUAUAAAUGAAUAUAAGACAUAACAUUAGGAUUAACUAAUUAAUUAAGAUGAAAUGCUUCAAUAAAUAUUCUAAUGUCUUAAUGAUUCUAAUUAUUAAAACUAAUUGUUAUCAAUGGUUAGUAUUAUGAAUCCAGAAGAAAUAUACUUAAAUCAAUCAUGUGAAAGUAACAAUAAAUCUAAUGUAUCUGUAAAAUCAGUUCUCAGAAGUAGAAAUUUGAGUGAAGACUCCAUUAAAAGUAUGAAAAGAAUACACUUUGUUGAAGAACAACAUUUAGAAGAAAUUUAAGAAGAAAUAUCUAAUCAUUAUAACACUUCAAUGUCUUUAUUUUAAGAGAAAUCUAGUUAUGACAAGGCUGUGUAAUUUUAUCAUUAUCUUUGUGAUGCACAAACAUUAACUAAUUUCAAGAUCUCUUAGUAAAAUGUUGAAAAGUUUGGACCAAUAAGUAUUUAAUAUAAAUGAUUGUUUUUAUUAUAAAAUGUUGUAAUAAUAAUUUUACUAUGACGUAUUUAAGAUAGUCCAACAAAUGUCUGCCAGUUAGAUUAUCACCACCAAUGAAAAGGAAAAUUUAAAAAGUCUCAUUUCAUCUAUUUAUAUUUAGAUAUAAUAAUAAAUCAUGAUUCAAAGUUUGUGCAAAACCUUGAUUCUAUUUAUAAAACAGAAGAAAAUGAAAAAUUUGACAAAAUUGCUGCUGAAAUCAAAUUAUAUAUUAAGUCCAUAAGACAAAGAAAACCAAAAUAUUUAAAAAACAAAUAAAUGCGUGUUAUUACUGAUGAAACAGACAAAAACAUUUAUGAUGAUAUUAUAGCAGAAGUCUCUUCAGAUAGUGAUUCUAUGUCCUGA